AUGGAUUUUUUCUUAAUUUCCGGACGAAUUAAUAGACUUCGAGACUCCCACGGCAUAGCAAUUCAUCUAGUAAUUUAUGUUGAAACAGCAUCGGAAGGAUUUGUUUCUGUUAUUCAAUCAUUCACAGCAUCGUCCAAAUCAGCAAAGCUUUUCAAACGACUCAUGAAAGUUGAUGAGCUACUAAUAAGCAAUGUUGUUGAGAUUUGCAAGUUUUUAGUUGACCUGAAAGCUUUUCACACGAACAGGGUUUUUGUAAAGAUGUUAAAGUCUGCAAUGUGUUGUGAAAACAAAGCUUUUUAA